UAAUUGUAAAGCUACAUUUACAAAAUCUUGCAAGUCUGAAAGUACAGUUCUUCUGCCCUCUCCCUUAUGGCCUGAGAAACUAGGGAGGGUACCUUUUGAAUUUCUUGACCUACGAACUUUCCAGGUACAGGAUAUGUUGUUUCUUAUCUGACUAUUCCCUAGGGAGCAUCUCUUCACCCUGUCUCCUAAGGUCUUUCCCACAUAUCAUUAUAGAUCACGGGUGUCAAACUCGCUACAUCACGUUGCUGUCACGUGACUUUUCUCCAGUUGCAGAGAUGGGGUGGGUGUGGCCUGUGCAUGACGCAUCCGGCCCACGGCCCCACCAGUAUGACACCCUUGUUAUAGAUGGAUGCUGAACCUCUUUGCUUCCACCCUGAAAAUCUGCCAAUUCUGGGUUGCCUUGGGGCUCCUGUUGGUUGAGGGGACUUGUAUUCAGCCAAUUCAAUCCCUACUGCAUAGAAGCUACUGGGGUGCUGAUUCCCCCAGAGACACAGUAUUAGACCUGUAAAUAUUCUAGAGUCUUUCUUUGAGAUUGUAGCUAUAAAAAUUGAAUAAAUAGAUAAAUAUUCCUGAUAUUCUUAAAGUAGAAACCAAAUGAUUUUGCACUUCUUCUUGUGGUGGCUCAGGGAGCCAAGAGGGGACUUCCCAUCUCCCACCCCCAUAACAGGUGCAGGUAAUGAGCAGUCAGGUCUAUUUCAACUACAAACCUAGGCCAGGUGGAGAAGGAAGGUCUGCUUUUCUUCCACUUUACCUCCUACAGCAGGGGUCCCCAAACUUGGCAACUUUAAGACUUAAGAGAUGAGUCUAAAAGUUGCCAAGUUUGAAGACCUCUGUUCUACAGCCACCUUGGAUCUAGCCUUAACUGUGAUCUUUGAUCUUCCAUCAAGGGACAUUUUUGAAAUGUUGAUUUUGAAAUCAAGGAGCUACCAAGGGGAAAAAAAACCACAAACCUGUCAACGUUGGCAGCCACGCUAAUGUAUAUAAGCAGGAAGCAAACCCUACAUUCACUAACACUGGUGGCGUUAAUCAAUGGGGUAAUGAAAGGUCUGCAAGCAUAUAACCCAGCUCAAAGGAGCACCACAGUUCGGCCCUGAGCGACAGAUAUUCCCUUCCAACCGACACAUCUCUUGACCUCAAGGAGUCACGGGGGACCCGGGGCCUGGGCCAACUGCCGAAGAAAACACACGGGCUGCGCGCAAAUUGCCAGGAGGUAAAUUAUUCAAACCAGGAAGGGAACACAGCCAACCAAGGACCUGGACGGAGUAACUCUUCACUUGCUACGGCUCCUCAGUCCAGAGCGCGGAGCACGCAGGCGGGCUGAGAGGGAAGGCAACGUCGGGGAUGGGGGUCUGCGGCAGCGCAGGGAUGGCGGAACCGAGUUGAGGGAGUCGGCCUGGCCUUCCCUCCCGCCCUUUGACUUCCCCUCCGCCCAGCCUGCGCCUCCAGGGCGCAGCAGCGAAAGGGUUAAGCGAUCGAAGGGCUGCGGGCGAGGGAGGCGGCCGGCUGUCAGGAAGGAGCAUGUGCAGUUUGCAUUGCAACUGCAUCCACGCUAUGGGUCCUCUUCAUUGGCACAGUUGAUCUUCGCGGCGCAAGAGCGGCUACAAAAGGAACAGCUGCCGGCUCGGAUCCAUCCAUGGAGUUGAGGCGGAUGAAGCGCUGGUGAGCGGAUCCCAGCCGAGGCGCUGCGGUGAGCAGGCACCUGCGCCGGCCGGCCCGCCUUGUGUCCCGCUGCCCAGCGUCACCCGGGAAUUGUUUGUGGCCAGACAUGCCCAUGUAUGUGGAGGAAUCUCGGCAGUCUUCUUUCUUUAGUAAACUUCAAACAAAAUGAAACAGCCAUGUGGUUCAAUGAACGGGAGAAACCCAGCAAAAUGAGUUCCUGCUGGGGACUGUGUGGCAGGAUGGCAGCUGCAGAACCUUUGACUGCUUUCUCCCGUUGGUACCUAUAUGCCAUUCAUGGCUACUUCUGCGAGGUGAUGUUCACAGCUGCUUGGGAGUUUGUAGUCAACUUUAACUGGAAGUUCCCAGGUGUCACCAGUGUAUGGGCACUCUUCAUCUAUGGGACAUCCAUCCUCAUUGUAGAAAAGAUGUAUCUGUACCUGAAGGAUAAGUGUAACAUACUAGUGCGCUGCCUGAUUUACACUCUAUGGACGUAUCUUUGGGAGUUCACAACUGGCUUCAUUCUGCGCCAGUUUAAUGCCUGCCCAUGGGACUAUUCACAGUUUGACUUGAACUUCAUGGGCCUCAUAACCCUGGAGUAUGCCAUCCCAUGGUUCUGUGCAGCAUUUAUCAUGGAACAGCUAGUCAUCAGGAACACCCUGCGUUUGCGUUUUGAUGAGAAUGCUGAACCAGGUGUACCCACGUCUGUUGCAACCUUGGCCAAUGGUCAUGUGAAAACUAACUGAAUUGUACUUUAGACUACACUAAGACUAAGCAAUCUCUCCUGCCCCUUCAUUAGAGACUUGGGAUGAUGGCCUCAACAGCAAAACUCCUGUUUCCUUUAUGAUAAACAAACCUCCUUGGUUUGGAGGUAUGCAUGAAAAAGUGGAAUCAGUAGGUUUUCUAUGAAUUUUAUUCUCUUUCUCUCUCUUGGUUCCUUUUUUUAAAAAAAACUGCAAGUAUCAUUGUCAACUACCUGUUGACUAGAUAGUUUGAUUUAUAACUUACUCAGAAAACAGUUCUGUGAUCAGUACUUUAUUCUAUCUGGGUUAGAAAAAACAAAAGGCUGGCCCAAAUUGUUCAAAUAACAUUAGUAGGCACAGAUCUCCCCAGUUGACUUAGUGAUUGGCUUAUAUUUCAUUCAGGUGCUUGCUUGCAACCAAUACCUCCCAUGGGACCUGAGAUGCUGCAGAGUCAAGGAAAAACCAAUUCCUAUUGAAAAAGCCCAACAAAAUGGCAGACUACUAUGGAGAUAGAACUUGCCCUGUUGUGUGCUUUUCUUAAAGCUUUUUUAAGUUGCACCACAGUGUAUAUUAUUAUGGUGCUGGACAUCCUGCUGACUUUCUAUAAAAUUAUUACUUUUUGAAUCACCCAUUCUGACGCUCACUAGAGAGUUUGUUUGCCACUCUCAUGUACCUAUUUUUUAAAUAAAGAACUAUUUUGCUGGAUAAAGUCAAUCAUUGCUGUACAACCUGCAUUAUAGAUAUGUAGGCAAAAGUAGGAGAAAAAUGGCUAAAAGUCAUCCCUACCUCCUCCUCCUCCUUCUCCUCACACUUUCUGGUGGAACUCAACAGGAGGGCUGAUUCUUGCUAACUUUCAUUGUGACUGUUUACACAUCAUCCAAAUCUUCUCUGGCUUCCUCUAUGGGGAAUUUUCUAGUCUCAGAAAUCCAAGUGUCUAAAAAAUGGACUACUGACAUCACAUUGAAAUCUUUCUUUGAUGCCUGGAUUCAUUGGGAGUUGGAAUCCUGCAGGACAGACUCUUGAAAGGCCCGUGGUCAAAUCUUUUUUGUAUUGAUCUUCUCAGCGCUGGUGUUCUCAAUGUACAAAUGGCACAAUUAGCAGUGCGGCAGUAUCUCUUUAUAAAGCUAUUUAUGAGCAACUGUUGAUGGUAUAUCACUGUUGGCUGGGGAGGAAUUUUGAAGGAUCAGCCUUCAAGAUGGUCCAAGUGAGUGGAAAAAAUAACCCAAAAGGGCUGCAGAUAUUCUGAAGUCUGGGACCAAAGUGAGUGUCCCAAGAGAAAUAUGGGAUAGACAGGGGCGGUUAAAGAAGAAAUAGCCACAAACAAGAAGGGAUUCUUUCUGCAGCCAGCAAAAGAAUCUGUUCUUUAGGUGCAUAGAAUGAAAGAGAAAUUUAAAAAAGGGAAGGAAGUCACUUGAACUAAAUACAUCCAAUAGCUUUAAGAAGAUAUGCUAUCACUAGGCUUCUUGGACCAGGAAGAAGUCCAGAUAUCAUUUGCAUAGAAUGGAGUACACUGAGACAGAAUUGCACCAGCAAUGGAAUGGGCUUGUACUUUUGUGGUGGCAACACUUCUUUUAUUUAAAAUGAGGCUGUCUUCUUGUUUGGUAAACAACUGUUAAUUUUUAACUACCUGGCAGUUAUUGUAUUUCGGAUCUCCUUGCCUGAUAGGUUAGGACCACCGUUUGAGGAACUCUCUGCCCCCAGUUUCCACUGCCAGGGAACUCUGGGAUUUCUACUUGUAACCCACCUGAUGGCAAUAGAUUUGGUAAGGUUGAGUUCUGUUCUAGGAACAACAAAAUGGGCAAGCUGCUACCCUGAGUAAAAGUUGUGUGGUCUUGAUUAAGAACGAAGCUAAUAUUAACUUGAUUGAUAUAUUCAGAGUGUGAUUAUUUUAUUUCUUUACAUUUCCCCACAGACCUGAUAUCCAUUGCUGGUAGUGGAUGAACAGGAAUAUUAGCAGUGGAAGUAUUCCCAGGUCUACCCUACUGUAUUUAUUCUCCUGACACAUUUAACAGGAUUAAACUUUGUAAUUUAUAUAUACACCUUCUUAUAAUUCUUCCUUUUUUAUUUUUAUUCGCUUUUGAUCGAAACUAUGUUUCAGGGAAAGGAGGGACCAUGAAGAGGAGAAACCUCUAUUAUUAGCCCUGUAACAAAGGCUAUCUAUACUAAAAAAAAAAAAUAAGAAGGUGGAGUGAAUCAUAUUUGUUUUACACCUGGCAGGAAAUGGGCUACAUUUGCACUUUCUGUAACCAUCAUCUGUGACGCCUUGGAAAAGGCUAAAGACCUUCAGUCUUGCCAUUACUUGAAGAUAUGAAUUCUUGGUUCACUUGAACUCCUUGAAAUCAUGCUACAGGGGUUAGUAAAUUGAUGAGAAUGAUGUUAUCCAUUCAGUCGUGUCUGUCUCUUGCAUUACAAAUGCACUAAAUGAAGGUUAAAGGUAGUAAAAUUACUGACUACAAAGGAGUUGGAUUUUUUGCUGGUAAUACCAUUUCCUUGCAUUUGACGAUGCUGUAAUAUAAUUCCAUAUUCUUUAGGGAUUAGAGACUAUAAUCUGAUUCUAAAUGACCUGAUGUUUCAGAGUGGGUGAAUAAUUAUGACAUUCUGCAAACCUGUUGCAUUUUCCUCUGUCACAUCAGCACCUUCUAAAACUUACUUUAUGUCAUUUUCUUUGUGCACAAGUGUAUCCAUGCACAAACACAGAAAAUCUGUAUGCCAGAAACGAGGCUGAGCUAUAAUUAUUAAUAUUGUUGGUGCAGAAAUCUUGAACCUGGUGUGUUUGAGAUGCAUUGGACAAAUCCCCAGGCAGUAUGUCUGGAGGCACCAGGUCAGGGAAUAUUCAACAUCCAUCAGAUAAUUCAUUGAUUGGGUAAAUUUCCUUUAAUUCAAUGCCAAAUUCUCUCCAGGUUAUACUAUUAGCCAGACUGUGCAAAUCUUAUUUCUGGUCUGGAGAAAAUCAACUUACUGUCAGCCAGAGAUUUUUCAUUUUUUAUUUUAUUUGUUACUUUUCUUUUUUUCUCAAUUCAAAUGGAUGUGAGGGUGGUGGGAAAAGAACUACUGAUGUUUUAUUACUGAAUUAUAGAUGGCAGUUAUAUUAUUGAUAAUAAUCGCCAAAAAGCAGUGGAGGAUGCACUGGCAUCUGAAAUGCAUAAUAAUGAAAUAACGCACUUAAAUUUUUGCUUGUAUGCGUAUCCUCCUCCAUAAAUUAAAAUUGCCUGUUUAAAUUCACCAGCAAUAAAAAAAAACUUGUGGUUUGUUCAUUUUGCCCUCUGUCACUUAUAAAAUG